GCCCAUUUGGGAAAGCAAGUCUUUAUCAUAUUUUCUUGCCAAAUAAUCCCACCUAUUCAGCCCGUCGCGGCGUCGCCUCCCCAAUUUCAGUCUUCAACCUCCACCAACGACAGCAGCAGCGUUAUAAUAAUCUUGGGAGGAAUCGGUUUCCAGCGUGUCCAUGGCAAAGAAAAGAGGGAAGGCGUUAAAGGGAAAAGAUGUCGCUGUAAAUCACAAUGAUAGGAAUAAGAAGAUAGAGAAGAAAUUGACGAAGAACAAGAAGAAAUCUAUGAAGAUAAGUGCAUCUUCAGUACCUACGUCGGCUCCCGUGCCUAACAGCGGCCCUUCCACUUCCAAUGUUGCUCAUGCAACUUUGUCUAGCCAUGCUAAUCCUACCGGUAGAAAAAAGGUUCGGCCAACAAAGAAUGAGAAGGAUAGUGGGCACUCUCAUUCCGGUUUUAUAUUUAUGUGUAGUGGGAAAACGAAACCCGAAUGUUAUCGCUAUCGUGUUUUUGGGCUGCCAUUAGCAAAGGUGGACGUUGUGAAGAAAAUUAGACCGGGUGCAAAGCUAUUUCUGUAUGAUUUUGACUUGAAGCUUCUUUAUGGCACAUACAAGGCAACUUCAAAUGGAGGAGUGGAUUUGGAACCAAUUGCGUUUAAGGGGAAAUUCCCUGCACAGGUCAGAUUUAAGAUUUUCAAGGAUUGUUUACCUCUUCCUGAAAAUGCUUUCAAAGCAGCUAUCAGAGACAACUAUCAGGGAGGUUCCAAGUUUAAACAAGAGCUCAAUAGUAAACAGGUGCAUGCUUUAAUCUCAUUGUUUCGCCCACUCACCGAGUCAGUGCCAACUUCUGCUGCCUCUCCCCGAAAUGUGGCAAAACCAGGCUCAUUUCCAUCACCCAUUACAGAAGAAGGAUUUCAUCCAACAGCAAGGCUGUCCCAUCAAGAGGGCUCCUAUUCAUAUGGUAUGCAACGUACUCGUGCAUCGCCGUUUGAUAUGCAAUCCAGGCAGGCAAUCCCAUAUCCACUUUAUGAUCAAUAUGAGGUCAAAACACAUGUGGGACAUGUAUGGCCUCGCUUAGAGCCUCGACAUGUUCAGCAUGCUUCUCUUCCACAUCAUGCUGAUUCCUAUUAUUUAGCAGCGGCACAUGAGCCGUACUUGCCUGAACAACCAUACAUGUCCCAUCAGGAUGCAUAUAGAAGGCAUAGGGUGACACUUGCAGAGGAGAUGGUUCCCAGGGAUCAAGUUGUUGCCUAUGGAAGCGAGUAUGACGGGCCACAGAUGCUGAAGCGGAGAGAGAGAGAAAUUGCUCCACGUUCCAAUUAUGUGGCUGAAUCUUAUAGUCGAGAGGUUCCCACUGCUGCAGCCUCACAUGUUAUGGUGCAGUCACAUUCUUUAGCACCAUCUUAUGACCGGACCUUAACGUACCAACGGUACUAUCCAGUCACAACCCAUCAGGAUCAGAGCUUGGUGUACGCUGAUCCUCUUGUAAGACCAUUGCAUGGUACCUCUUACUCAGCUGAGGCAGAUGUUCCAAUCUCUACUCACUUUUCGUACACUAGAGCACCCCAUUACCGCUGAACGAAACUUGGGUGUGUAGAUUCAUCCAAGUCAUGCUUUCAGUUGUGUUGCUUCAUUGUCAAAUACUGGUCGGAACUUUAAACAAUCAUCUUCCGAGUCCUGCCGGGUAAACUGUGUUUUGUUUUUCAUCUUCUAUAAAAGAGGAGCUGGGGCCCUGCAUCACCCUGUUCAAAGUGUCGAUCAUUUUUAGAAAUCUGAGGCAUAAUCUAAGCAACCAAACAAGUUUGAUCAGUCUGCCUUGGUUAGCACCUGCCAUGGCGGUGUGGAAUUACAUGUCUUCCCUUGAUAAGCUUAUAGCCUUGUACGAUUUCUAGUUUCUAUGCAGAAUGCAGACUGUUGCAUUGCGUCAAACUUUGUAUAAAAUGCACACCGGUUCUGAGACGGGCCUUCAACUUCAUCACUUGUGUAGAACAAGAUUCACCACUCAUGUUGAGACGACCCCUUUUGUCCUAGCAAUUUUUUAUCUUUUAAUCCUUUGAGUUGUGCGUGGAACCUUGCCAACAUUAAGGUCAAAUGGGUUUCUUUUCUUCGACAAA